GAGGUACUUUUGUGCUCCUCUCAUUGGCUCCACGCUACACUAACGCUAUCCCAACCAUCAACUGAAGAUAGCAACGGGAAAAGGCAUCGAGGGGCAUCGAUGGCUCUGCUCUGUGGUUCAUCUUCAGUGGCAUUCCUUUCAUCUUCUGCUAAGCCUUCCUAUGCUUGUUCCCGUGAUGCGAAUGCCAAAACCGCAUUUCUUGGGUUCCAAUUGGCAUCCUCAAAGCCUUCUAUACCGACCAAUUCGCGCCUCAAUUCUAGGUCAAGUUCUCUAGUGCGUUGCCAGGAUCUCUCCAUUAUCCCAAAAGAUGAACGCUGGAUGUUCGAGGAAUCCGAAGUCAAUGGGCCGGACAUUUGGAACAAGACAUGGUAUCCAAAAGCAGCAGAUCAUGUAAACACAGAUAAACCAUGGUACAUUGUCGAUGCUACAGAUAAAAUUCUUGGAAGACUAGCAUCAACUAUUGCAAUUCAUAUCCGAGGGAAAAAUUUGGCAACCUAUACUCCCAGUGUGGACAUGGGUGCAUUUGUAAUUGUGGUUAAUGCAGAAAAGGUCGCUGUAUCUGGAAAGAAGAGGACCCAAAAGCUUUAUAGGAGGCAUUCAGGACGACCUGGUGGUAUGAAAGUAGAGACAUUUGCCCAACUACAGGCGAGAAUUCCUGAAAGAAUUAUUGAACAUGCUGUUCGUGGCAUGCUUCCAAAAGGGAGGCUUGGCAGACAACUGUUCAACCACCUGAAGGUUUACAAGGGCCCUGAUCAUCCACAUCAAGCCCAAAAACCCAUUGAGUUACCAAUAAGGGACAAAAGAAUACAAAGGCAGGGGUAGAUGUUCUUGAGAACAUAAUAUGAGAUAUGACAGACGUUGGAAAUUGCGUUAUGGUUUUCAACUACUAUUGAGCUCCUUAGGUACUACCUUGCUUUAUGUUUGCAUUGCAUGCAGAAGUAUCUGAUUAUUGUAGAGCUUGUUUUUAUUCAAGGCCCUCUUCAGAAUAUCUCAUGAGUUCUUAUGUUUGUUGUAGCUAUUGUGAGUUAUUAAUCAUGUAAAAUUUCUUCAUUAUGCAUUCUGUAAUUGUGGUAACUUAUUUGUGAAGCAAGUGUUUCAUAA